GUGUUACAUUGACCGUAGCCCGCGUCAUAUGGCGAGAAUGUUUAUAAAUGUACAGUCUAACCUAUACAAAUAACCGGUUCUUUUAUAAGCUUCCGAUAGUGAUCGAGAAAGGAAAAAGAUUCUUACUUAUGAACUUAAGAUUGUUUAAUUUACUAAAUUUUACAAAUUUAAAUUGGAUUAAAUAUUUAUAAUAUUGUUUUAAUUGGCACUUAAACAUAAUGUUUUAUCACAUUUCAUUGGAACAUGAAAUUCUAUUGCACCCUCGAUAUUUUGGCCCUCAAUUACUUGAUACUGUGAAACAGAAGCUGUACACAGAAGUAGAAGGCACUUGUACAGGAAAAUAUGGCUUCGUAGUUGCAGUUACAACAAUAGAUAACAUAGGAGCUGGUAUCAUACAACCAGGACAAGGUUUUGUAGUAUAUCCUGUUAAAUAUAAAGCUAUUGUAUUCAGACCAUUUAAGGGUGAAGUACUGGAUGCGAUUGUGACUCAAGUAAAUAAGGUUGGAAUGUUUGCUGAAAUAGGUCCACUUUCAUGCUUUAUAUCUCAUCAUUCAAUCCCAGAAGAUAUGCAAUUCUGUCCAAAUGUUAAUCCAGCUUGUUACAAAUCAAAAGAAGAGGAUGUAGUUAUCCAAGCGGAUGAUGAAAUUAGACUAAAAAUUGUGGGCACAAGAGUUGAUGCUACUGGAAUUUUUGCUAUUGGCACAUUAAUGGACGAUUACUUAGGUCUUGUGUGCAAUUAAAUAUCUAAGAUACUUUGUCUAAAAAUUUUAAAUUUAAACUUGCCUUAUAGUCAAGUUUUAUAUUUCGGAAACAAGUCUUAAAAUAUUUAUUUUUUAAUAAGCAAGAUAAGAUAUCGAUAUAAGUCUAAUAAAAAGGUGAAGAUAUAAAUAAUAUAAAAACCACACGUUAAUGGACAGUAACAAUUUAGGCACUUUAUAUAUCUCUGUCAAACUGGCCAUAAUAAUAAUUGGAAACAAUUCAUAGGAAUUAUAAACUAUUGAUAAUAUUCAUGAAAUAAAAUUGUAUACGAAAUAUA